CGCGGGGUGGGGCGUUGCGCGCGGCUGCGCAGCGGCCGGGGAGGGGGUGCUGUGUGCAUGCGCGGUGCGCGGCGGCCGGGCCGGCGGGAGCUGGGCCGCCAUCCCCGCCGUGAGCCCCCGGCCGCCGGCUCCAUCUGUUUCCCAUCUCUCCAGGAUGAGAGAGGUUUGGGUUCGGCUUUUCCCCUCUCCCUGUAGUUGAUAGUUUUGGAACCGGAGGUGAUGCUGGAGUCAAGAUGGCAGACAGCGUGAAAACCUUCCUUCAUGACCUCGUCAGGGGAAUUAAGGACUCCAUCUGGGGCAUCUGCACCAUCUCUAAGCUGGACGCCCGGAUCCAGCAGAAGAGGGAAGAGCAGAGGCGAAGGAGAGCAAACAGCGCGCUCGCCCAGCGGAGGUUUCACAUGGAGGAGAAGAAGCAAGAGAACGAACCCCGGAUAGUGAGCCGGAUAUUUCAGUGUUGUGCCUGGAACGGAGGUGUGUUUUGGCUUAGUCUGUUCUUGUUCUACCGAGUAUUUAUCCCUGUCCUGCAGUCGGUCACGGCACAGAUCAUCGGCGACCCGUCCUUACAUGGCGACGUCUGGUCCUGGCUGGAGUUCCUCCUCACCUCCAUUUUCAGCGCCCUCUGGGUCCUUCCCCUCUUCGUACUCAGUAAGGUCGUCAACGCCAUCUGGUUUCAGGACAUCGCCGAUCUAGCAUUCGAGGUUUCCGGCCGAAAGCCUCACCCCUUUCCCAGUGUCAGCAAAAUCAUUGCUGACAUGUUGUUCAACCUCUUGCUGCAGGCACUGUUCCUCAUCCAGGGGAUGAUAGUGAGCCUCUUCCCCAUCGAUCUCGUCGGCCAGUUCGUCGGCCUCCUCCACAUGUCACUGCUCUACUCACUCUACUGCUUUGAGUACCGCUGGUUCAACAAAGGAAUCGAAAUGCACCAACGGUUAUCCAACAUCGAGAGGAACUGGCCCUACUACUUCGGCUUCGGCUUACCGCUGGCUUUCCUCACGGCCAUGCAAUCCUCUUACAUCAUCAGCGGUUGCCUCUUUUCCAUCCUUUUCCCUCUCUUCAUCAUCAGCGCCAACGAAGCAAGGACCCCCAGCAAAACCUACCACUUCCAGCUCCGACUCUUCUCCCUGGUGGUUUUCCUCAGCAACAGACUCUUUCACAAGACCGUUUACCUUCAAUCCGCCCUGAGCGGUGCUUCCUCCUCCUCUGACCGGCUCCUCUCCCCCCAGCCCUCUCCUGCCAAGCAUGCGGCCGCGCCGGGGCGCUGAGCCGGGACACCCCUCAGUCCCCAAAAACAUCCCCCGGGGACGGGCAGGAUCCAGCUCGCCCCUGCGGGAAAUUUAUUGGGGAAAAAAAGGUCGAUUUUUAACAACUUUGGGAGUUUGGAGGAGCCACGUUGCACCCUGCGCUUGUUUUAUAGCGGACUCUUUUGUACGGGCUGGCACUCUGUUCCCCUCCCCGUGCAUGUACCGUGUCUCCAGGGGUCAGGGAAGGGACCCUCCGGGGUUCGGGGCGGGUUUUUUGGGGCGGGAGGGGCCGGUUUGUCAACUUUUCUCUGGUAUUUUCACACCGAAACAUUAAACGGCGAAACCACCA